AUGAACUCAGGUAACACGACCUUGACCCCGCAGGCAACGACGCCGACGACGUCGGUGAAAACGAACCAACUUUUUAUUUCCGACGCCGAGCUGGACACGGCCGAGAACCUUCUGGACGUCGGCCUCAUCUCCGUCUUCGCCGUCAGCGGCAUCGUCACAAACAUCCUCAACCUCAUCGUCUUCUCGGCGCAGGGUUUCCACGACAGCGUCAACAUCUCCUUGACAACCAUGGCCAUCUGGGACCUGCUCAAGUGCGUGUUCGGCCUGUUCAUCCGGAUCUACGGCCCGCUGGGUUGGUACUCGCCGGCCCUGAAGAAGACGUGGAAGAGCUUGACGGCCCCGAACAUGGUCUACCUUCAGGUUUUCUGCAACUACGUCUCCUACAUCCUGGCCGCCUACGUCGCCUUUGAGCGCUGCCUGUGCGUGUGCGUGCCCUUCAAGGUCAAGGCUAUCUUCACGCCGAGGCUGACCCUGUUCAUGAUGGUGCUCAUCUCCGUCAUGGUCAUCGUCUCGUUCGGCUGCAUCUUCUUCGUCUUCGACAUCGUCUGGGUCUUCGACCCCGUCUUCAACCAAACCGUCGCCCUGCAUCGGUACAACGACGUCUACAAGACCCACGGGCCGAAAAUCAUCGAGUACUUCACGUACAUCGGCAUCAUGAACCCGAUAUUCGCCUUCGUCGUCAUCCUCGUCUGCACCAUCAUCAUCGUCGUCCAGCUCCACAAGAUGUCCAAGUUCAGGUUGAAAUCCGCCCAUAAGACCUCGACCGAUUCGAAACGAGCGGAUAUGACAUCACGGGACAAGCAAGUGGUGAAGAUGUUGCUGGUGGUGAUCAUUGUCUACAUCGUCGCCCUGCUGCCGAGGUUCGCGCUGCAUGCCGGGAAGUUCAUCGAGCCCGAGUUCUACUACCUCAAGAGGUACAACAACCUCUUCACGGUCUGCGCCAACAUCGUCAUGGCCGUGGACUUUCUCAACUCCUCCGUUCACCUCUUCAUCUUCCUCUCCAUGAGCACCAACUUCAGAACGACUUUCCAUGAAAAGAUUCGACUGUGUGGAAACCAGAAAAAAUAG